CAGGCCGCAGAGGGGUGAGUGGCAGUCAGACCAGGACCAUGGAGCUCAGCAUCCUCUUGCUCCUCGCUCUCCUCCUGGGCCUCUUGGUUCUCCUGUUCAGGGGUCACCCAAAGGCCCAUGGCCACCUCCCACCAGGCCCACGUCCUCUGCCCUUCCUGGGCAACCUUCUCCAGAUGGACAGGAAAGGCCUGGUCAAAACCAUCCUGCAGCUCCGAGAGAAAUAUGGAGAUGUUUUCACCAUGUACCUGGGGCAGAAGUCCGUGGUCAUGCUGUGUGGGCCAGAGACCAUACGGGAGGCCCUUGUGGACCAAGCCGAGGCUUUCUCUGGCCGGGGAAAACUUGCUGCCACAGAGGCUAUCUUCCAGGGAUAUGGUUUGAACUUUGCCAGCAGGGAACGCUGGAAGGUCCUUCGGAGAUUCACCUUGGCCACCAUGAGGGACUUUGGGAUGGGAAAGCGGAGCGUGGAGGAGCGGAUUCAGGAGGAGGCUCAGUGUCUGGUGGAGGAGCUGCGGAAAUCCCGGGGAGGCCUUGUGGACCCCCUGUUCCUCUUCCAGUCUAUCACUGCCAACAUCAUCUGCUCCAUUGUCUUUGGAAAACGCUUUGACUACAAAGAUCGCCAGUUCCUGAGGCUGCUGUACCUGAUCUAUCAGAACUUUGCACUCAUCAGCUCCUUUUCCAGCCAGAUGUUUGAGCUCUUCCCCAGCGUCCUGAAACACUUUCCUGGACCACACAGGGAAAUCGCCAAAAUUAUGGAGGAAAUCAUCACCUUCAUCAACCACAGUGUGGAGGAACACCGUGAAACCCUGGACCCCAGCGCCCCCAGAGACUUCAUUGAUACCUUCCUGCUCCGCAUGGAGAAAGACAAGUCUGACCUGCACACUGAGUUCCACCACAAGAACCUAGUCUUUACCAUAUUUUCACUCUUAUUUGCUGGCACAGAGACCACUAGCACAACUCUCCGCUAUGGCUUCCUGUUUCUGCUCAAACACCCCCAUGUCACAGAGAGAGUCCAAAAGGAAAAUGAACAGGUGAUUGGCUCACACCGCCGGCCAGCCUUGGAUGACCGAACCAAGAUGCCAUACACUGAGGCAGUCAUCAGUGAGAUUCAGAGAUUUGCAGACCUGGCACCCAUUGGUUUGCCCCACAUGGUUACCAAAGACACUCACUUCCGAGGGUUCAUCAUCCCCAAGAACACUGAAGUAUUCCCAAUCCUGACCACUACUCUCAACGACCCACGUUACUUUGAAAAACCAGACACCUUCAACCCUGAUCACUUUCUGGAUGCCAAGGGGGCACUGAAGAAGAGUGAAGCUUUUCUACCCUUCUCCAUAGGGAAGCGUAUUUGCCUUGGAGAAGGUAUCGCUCUUGCUGAAUUGUUCCUGUUCCUCACCACCAUCCUUCAGAACUUCUCCAUUUCCAGCCCAGUGGCUCCUGAGGACAUUGACCUCACCCCCAAGGAAGUUGGUUUGGGCAGAGUACCCCCACCAUACCAGAUUCGCUUUCUGCCCCGAACGGUGGAAUGAGAGAAGAGGAAGAAAGAAUUUCAGGGUUGCCGGGCGUGGUGGCGCACACCUGUAAUCCCAGCACU